UCCCACCUCGCCUCCACCGUCUUGCUGCCUCCACCGGAAUACCAAAUCGGAAAACCCUACCCGUAGAACCACCCAUGGCAACCGCCGCCUACUACCUCGGCGCCACCACAAGCGUCGCCUCCCCACCGCGCGGCGACGACGCGUCGGGCCGCCGCCCCGUCGGCUCGCCACCGCUCCACGCCGACGCGUCGGGCCGCCGCCCCGUCGCCUCGCCACCGCCCCACGCCGCCGCGUCGGGCAGCCGUCUCGUCGCCUCGCCACCGCUCCACGCCGCCGAGUCAGGCCGCCGCCUCGUUCAGCCGCAGCUCCUGCGCGAGCGCCUCCGACCGCGCGACGCGGACGCGCCGGUCCGCCGCUUGCCACCCCCGUCGGAGCGGCUCCCUUUCAGCCGCCGCGACGACUGGCGCAGGGCGUCGGGCCGGCUGCGGGCUCUUGCCGACCAGGCUCUUGCCCGCCAGCCUACACCCAACAAAUGCAGGUUCGCGAGCCCCAAUCCGUUUGCGGUACUCGCGCCCGAGACCGGCGAGUCCGGCCGCGCCGUCAGCCCGCACAUCCGAGCGCCUCGCGUCGCAAGAGACGACGAGGCGUCAGCUAUCCUGGGGAAUAGCGGCCGGUUCGUGACAGCCCCGAUUCAGGGGAAGAUCAGCAGGGCCGCCGCGUCCCUCAAGCAGGAGAACAAGAUGAGCCGGGACGCGGCGCUGAAGCCCGAGAGGAAGACUGGCACUGGCCCAAGCGUCGCGGACAAUGUCUUCAAGCAAGAGGAGGAGGCUCCGAACCCGCCGUCCAUCUUGAAGCUGGCGGAGAAGGGCAGCGCCGACGUCGCACCGCCGUUCGUGGGAGCAACUGGGGAUGGCGUGGGAGGCGCAGGUCGUGGCGGAGGAUGCCCUGGCGGUGGUGGCGGAGCCCCUGGACCUGGAGGCGGUGGCGGAGGGGGAGGAGCCCCUGGACCUGGAGGCGGUGGCGGAGGGGGAGGAGCCCCUGGACCUGGAGGCGGUGACGGAGGGGGCGGGCCAGGCGGCGGGGGAAAUGGCCCACCAUAUCGAGGAAUGGCACCAUUCCCCCGUCGACUGCCGUACGCCGGAUGUCAAGGUGACGGCUGCAACGUUGACGCAGUGCUCUUCUGCUCCACAUGCGGCACGAUCUUCUGCCAAGACCAUGUGUGCCAGUGCUUUGGCGAAGUUCUGAGGAUCCUGCCAAUGCCCAACCUAUCCGCGCCCGACCUGCAGCUCCAGCAGCCAUUCGCCUUCCCGCUGCCGCCUACGAUCUUCGUCGGUGCCUACCGUGCUGGCUCCCAAAUCACCUACCAGUUCUGCAGGUUGCAGGACGUGUUUGGCCGAAUGCCCCUGGUUCCCAUCGACAGCUUCUGUUUCGAUAUGCAUGGCGCCUGGGUCACAAGAACGACGAGGGAGGUUCGAAUGGUAAGCAGAGCCGCCUUCUUUCCGGUGCCACAGUUUCUGUUCAUCAAUGUCUAGAACUACUCCACUAGGGACCGUCGUAGCACCGUGAGAUUCUGCAGUUUACAUUCAGAAUAGCCAAUUGAUGUAUGGUUGAUCAGACAAGCAAAUUCUCAAAUCUGGAUUACAGUGCGCAUUG